GCGAGAGGGAAAAAUGGUAUAUAAGCCUGGGACAUCCCUCAGUGGGAUCGAUUCAGAGCUCUUACCUACAUCUGGCCAUUUGAUCUCCCAUUCUCCUCUGACCUGACCUAUAUUAUGGUGUUCCUCACGCAAGCCAUCGCCGUGCUCCUCGCGGCCAGCAAGGUCCAAUUCGUCAGUGCUGCCCCAGCUCCGGUCCCAAGCGGAGGUGUCGGCGUCCGAUCCAAUGACACGCCACCCGUCUAUGGUGUGAUGAGUGAUUUCGACUACCAGUCAUUCCUGCUCGCUCUCAACCAAGAGUGGAUCGAGCUCGACCUCUUCAAUUAUGGAAAGUCCCGCUUCAGUGCCGAAGAAUUCGCUAGUGCUGGUCUCAACGCCGAUGAUGUGUCGUUGAUCCAGUUCAAGGCCGAUCAAGAAGUGGGCCACGCUGAUCUUCUUUCCAACAUUAUCUCUAUCGGAGGACGAACUCCAGCGGUACAAUGCAAAUACAAGUACGACUUCGACACGGUUCCAGACUUUGUCAACUUUUGUCAGCGUCUCACCCGAUGGGGAGAAAGUGGAGUGUAUGGUUUCUUGUCCCACCUGGACUCGAGACCCGCCGCUGCCCUCUUGACACAGUCGAUCGCCACAGAGGCUAGACAGCAGAUGGUCUUCAGGCAGUUUUCAGGAGCACACCCAAUGCCCGUGUUCUUCGAGACUGGAAUCUCGCAAUCCAUGGCGUGGUCCUUGUUAAGUCGAUAUCUCGUGGAAUGUCCCGCGCAGAACCCAAAGAUUGAAUGGCAAAUUUUCCCCUGGCUAUCCGUCACCAACGAGUCCAACCUCUUGCAAGAUGGGUACCUCGCUGCCAUUACUCACAAUCGCACUUCUCUCUCUGAACCUGGUCGCAACAUCACGUUCAGAUGGGACGAUACAAACCAGACCGUCAGCUACAACAACUCGUAUACUACUUCGAUUGGAGGCGCCAUCAACAGCUCCGCCCCCGCGUUCGUGGCGUUUGUCUCCCAGCUCAAUGUGACCUACGCUCCUCUCACAGUCACGGGAAGUAACACUGGAUACGCUGCUCAACCGGGUGGAGUCGUCUUCAACAAUACUCUCGACCCCGUUAUCAACGGCACUACGUUUGUGGCACUUACGGAUGUGGACCUCUACGUGACGCCGUACAAUCUGUCGCUGCUUAACGAUCACAUCUUUGCUUGGGGUCUGUACCAGGCUGACUAGUUGGAUUUUUUAGAGCACGUGGUCCCGUGAUAUACAGUAUAAUGAACAAUGUCGUGACAUGCAUGUAAGAUGAAGACUGAGG